AUGGGUCUCUUCGGUCACAUGCGCAUUCAUGAGAGCAGAAUUGACCGCAGUACCGACUCAUCCACCAUGCCAAACCCCACCCCCAUUUCAUCACCCUGCGCACCCACCGGCCUUCCCGCAGCUGACAUUGACACCACCGACUCCACCUGCCCGCACUGUCCACGCACAUCCACCUCACGCAUCGGCCUGGUCGGCCAUUUGCGCAUCCAUCGCACAGAGACUGGAGAACCAGUGCCUGGAGCACCAACCUACACCCACCACACUCGACUCAACCGCCCACACUGUCCUCGCAAUUUCAGGCAUCGCAUGGGCCUAUUCGGCCACAUGCGCAUCCACGGCGACCUGUGGUAG